CAAAAGAAAUCACAGAGUUGGGCCAUAAUAUGCGCAGAAGGACCGUUUGUGAAUGAAUUUCCCAACAGUCUUGAAAGGGCCUUUGGGAAAAGAGGGUUUUUUUUUGGACCAAAAGCUGGGGAUGGAAUCAUUGAACCAAUUUUUAAGUUUUAAUCAUUCAAAGUGGGGAGCUUUAGACAGAAAUCGACUGUUCUUCAUUUCUUGUGUGCAGGGCAAAGAGGGAUUGAUGAUGAUGGAGAACGCACGUGAGGGGAGGAGGGAGGGUUCAAUUCCAUAGCUUUCGUGUGCACAUAAAGUGUUCGACCAAAGUUCUAAGAGAGAAAAAAAAGAAAGACAGGAAGAAAAGCUAUCAUCAGGGAGAGUGGUGAUUGGGUUCCCACUCAAAUUUCUUUUUUUAUCUUUUGCAGCUGUCAUUUUAAUUUGCAAAUGUGGCAACAGUAAAAUCCCUUUUCUUUUUAAACUCUUGUUUAAAAUUGUAGCAUGAUUUUCUUCCUUCAUACCAAAGUUUUACUCAUGGCCCAUACAUUGCCUGUGAUCCCAUAUUCCCAUUAGCUUUUGAUGUCUGAAGGUUAAAAUGAAUAUUAACUGAGAGAAUGAUAGUAUGCAGAAAGGAGAAAGGAGGAAGAGCAGUCAUUCUGGAAGUUGUUAUGUGCUGUGGCCAAGGGGUCCCAUCGAAGAAGAUGACCUUUCCCUUUCUGUAUCUGCUGCAUCUUGGAGAGGAGGGGUCCAAUGGGGUAAAUUCAAUACUCCAUAACUGGUGACAUUUUCGAGGGCCCCAAAAGGACAUUAUUACCAAAAGCCGUUGAAGAAGCUAUAAAGAUACGUACCAAAUGAAAAGCUGGAAGAGAAGAAGCAGAACAAGAACAACAAGAAGAAGAUUACCAGACUUGCAAUGUAUCCUCUCAGCAGAUAUCUUCAACUACACAGCCUUGAAGGCGACAGAUUCAGCGGAGGAGAUGUUGACAGCGGCUGCAUGAGUAAAGACGACACGUUCCUCGGUCAGGUCUACCCGACACAAUAUUUUAGCGACGACGCCUCCCACAAUGCGGUAUGGGCGAAUUCUCUAUCUAAGAUGAAUUAUGAGAGGCUUUUGCCGCAGGGUUUGAUCAAUUUGUCGUCGUCGUUGUCAUCGCCACCUCGGACAUCGGAUUCGAGGAAGAGGAAGGUUGAGAUGAUCGAAGCCAAUGGCGCCAGUAAAAAGGAUAAGCACAGCAAAGUCUGCACUGCCAGAGGACCGAGGGACAGGCGUGUGAGGCUAUCGCCAAAGACUGCGAUUCAGUUCUAUGACGUCCAGGAUCGCCUUGGCUACGACCGCCCCAGCAAGGCCAUCGAUUGGCUGAUUAAGGAAGCGAAAAUUGCGAUCGAUGCGCUGGAUGCGCAGCAGCAACCACCUAUGGAUCAAUUCAAGAUUGUCUCUGAAUGCGGGAUGAUUGGGAAACAGGAGGAUUUAGAUUACGAAAAUCACGUAUCUACGUUCGAGCUUUUCAUUGACAACAGUUCCAAUCCGGCCGGGAACAUAUCCAAAACUGGCUUGGAAGAAGCCAUACUUAACCCUGGUUACCAACAGGGGCUUAUCUCUGGCUUAGCCACAAGUUCACAGAUACUGGAUACAACUUGGGAAGUGGCUAGAUUGCAGAGACUUCUGACGGUCGAUGACGACGCAAGAGUCGAAGGGCCGGAGAUCGAAUAUUCUUCUCUCAACCCGCCGCCGCCGAGAUUCUUUUCCGGCAACAGCCAGGCGUUCUGUCAAUCCGGCAUCAUCAACUGCUCUCCACUUGGUAUCAGUUUUCCAGGAUUUAAUUUGUCUGAUGAAUUAUCAAAUGUUGCUACUGCAGCUGCAUUACUGCAAGAAGGUGCUAAAGAGAAGACAGAUUUGAACAAGAAAUCUUCCUUUCUGCAAUACCAAGUUUCAGGAGGGAUUUCUGGAUGAUGAGAUUAGCUAGGGAGAAGCAGAGCAGAGGAAUUGCAAUUACAUUUCCUAAUGUAUAAUCCAUUUUAUUUUAUUCUAAGCAUAUUAAUUAUGAAUUGUAUUUUGUUUUGUUUUGUUUGGUGGUGUUGUAUUCUAAAUUUAAUUAGGUUUGAUUGAUCUAAAUUAUUAACACUUUGAUUUGUUUGAUGACCGAGUGCAUGCUUGUCUCUUAACUAUGUACCAAAGAACCUCUCUGGCAUUUGUUCAAGUGUGUGUAUGCAAUAAUUAAUU